AACAUUGAUCUAAACAUUUAUAUAUUUAUUAUUAUACAUAUCAUAAUUUUUAUUUCUUUAACUGCUACCUACUACGAUUGAUUGUUUCCAAUCUUUACAGCUAUUGUAACUCGAUUCGGUUGGCCUUGGCUAUCAAUUUUUGCCGUCUGUUCGUCUAAUACAUGAAAAUAAAAGUUGGAGUCAUAGGUACUAAUUGUGAUAUUUAGCCAUAAUUAUGUAUUAUAUUUUUUAAAUAGUUUUAUUCCUUUGCAUUCAAGAAGUGUCCAACAACAUUUAAAACAAUGUUGUACAAAACUAUUCAUUGGAGUUUGUUGUUUGUUUGUGUUACCAUUUCUUCUGUGUUUUCCCAUGAAGAAUAUUUUUAUAAAAUCAUUACACCUGGCAACAGAGUUUUAGAUGUUGACAUUAUUACACUUCCAAAUAUGCGUACAAAAAGAUUUGCGGAACCACUACAGCAAAAAAAUACAUCUAUCCAAGCACCUACAGACAACGUAAAUGGAUUAAAACCAAGUACACCUGAACCAAUGGAUUUAGAUUUUCCUUCAAUUACUAAUAAAACACUUUUAGAACACAAUAUAACAAUUUCAAAAAAUGAUUCUCAUGUCUACUACAACAGCACUACAAUAAAUAAUAAAAGUGUAUUUGAUAAAUAUUGGGUAGAAUUGACAAACCAUCCCAAUGCUAAUAUACAUAAAUCAUUAUCAGAUUCUCAUCGUGCAGCUGCAACUCUGAGUUUGAAGUUUCAAUUUCCAUUCUAUGGUCACAUAUUGAAUUCAACAACCAUUGCAACUGGAGGUUUUUUAUAUUUAGGAGAUUACAUUUAUUCUUGGUUAGCAACCUCUCAAUAUGUAGCACCAUUGAUGGCCAAUUUUGAUUUAAGUACAACAAAUGAAACAAAUAUUUAUUACAUGGAUAAUGGAACUGCCUUCACAGUUACUUGGCAUAAUGUGGUAUUACAAGAUAAACCUGAUGUUGGAGGAUUUACUUUUCAAACAACCUUAUAUUCAAAUGGAAAUAUUGUAUUUGUUUAUAAACAUUUACCAAUCAAAAUUCAAGACAUUAUUCCUUUUAAUCAUCCUGUGAAAAUAGGAUUAUCUGAUGCUUAUACAAUAGAAAAUACAGAAUAUUUUAUGAGAAGAAAAACCAUUUAUGAAUAUCAUAGAAUAGCUUUUCCCAUGAAUGAAAUAACAAAUGGAACUGUUAUUCUUUUGACUCCAUUACCAACAUGCUUGGAGAAAAAAAAUUGUACCAGUUGUAUGAAAAAGGAUAUUGAUUUUGAAUGUUAUUGGUGUGAUAAUCGAUGUUCUUCAGGAGUUGAUCGACAUUAUCAAGAAUGGCACAAGAAAGGUUGUAGAAAAUUGAAACUUAAUGAUAAAGAUAUAUGUUCUACUGAAGUUACACCUUAUACUAUUGGAACACCUGAACCACUGGAUUUAGAUUUUCCUUCAACAAUUACUAAUCAAACACUUUUAGACCAUAAUAUAACAAAUUCAAAAAAUGAUUCUCAUAUAUAUUACAACAGUACAAUAAUAAAUAAUAAAAGUAUAUUUGAUAAAUAUUGGGUGGAUUUGAUAAACCAUCCUAAAGCUAAUAUACAUGAAAUGUUAUCAGAUUCUCAUCGCAGAGCUGCAACUAUCAGCUUAAAGUUUCAAUUUCCAUUCUAUGGUCUUCUAAUAAAUUCGACUACUAUUACUACUGGAGGUUUUUUGUACUUAGGAGAUUAUAUUCAUUCUUGGUUAGCAGCAACUCAAUAUGUCGCACCAUUAAUGGCCAAUUUUGAUUUAAGUACAUCUAAUGUUUCAAAUAUUUAUUAUAUGGAGAAUGAUACAGCCUUAACAGUCACUUGGCAGGAUGUCAUACUACAAGAUAAACCUGAUGUUGGAAAAUUUACUUUCCAAACUACUAUACAUUCAAAUGGAAAUAUUAUAUUUGCUUAUAAAAAUUUACCAAUAAACCUCAAAGAAAUAAAUGCUACUAAUCACCCUGUGAAAAUUGGAUUAUCUGAUGCAUAUGUUAUAGACAAAGUAUUAUUUUUUGUGAGACGAAAAACCAUUUAUGAAUAUCAUAGAAUAUCAUUUCAUGAGGAUGAAGUUACAAAUGGAACUGUUAUUAUCUUAAUUGCGUUGCCAACAUGUAUGGAGAGAAAAAAUUGUACUAGCUGUAUGAAAAAGGAUAUUAAUUAUGAUUGUUACUGGUGUGAUAAUAGAUGUUCUUCAGGAGUGGAUCGAAAUCGUCAGGAAUGGCUCAAGAAAGACUGUGAGAAAUUGAAGCUUUAUAAUAAUAAAGAUAUAUGUAUAGCAGAUAAACCAAUACCUACUUUUAAUAAUUCUAGUGGAACAGAAUCUGUUAAAUCUGAAUCACACACUGAUUCUUCACACUCAAAUACAAGUCUAUUUUUCAUCACAUUAUGCUUUUCAUUAAUUAUUAUGUCAACAGUUUGGGUAUUAUAUGCGUAUUUGAAUCCACAUACACAAUCUGGACAAAUUUUAAUAAGAUAUCGACCAACUCAAUGGGGUUGGAAUAAAGGAGAAGCUCGUUAUACAGCAGCUACCAUUCAUAUGUAAAGUAAAUUAAUAAAAAAUAUAAAACAAUCAAUUUAAUGCACUUAAGUUUUCUGGUUGGAGUGAUUUGAAAUAAAAAUUUACAUUUAGUUUAUUAAUUAAAU